CAACACUUUUUGCAGUUUGUGUGUGCUUGGCAGUAGCGGUACAGUCAGCGUCUGCAGCCGGACUACAAGUCAAAAUGCCCGUAGAUUUGAGCCAGUGGACCGGGCCUCUUGCCCUGCUGGAGGUCGAGGAGAAGCCUGCGAAGCCUCUGACUGUUAAAUACGGCUCUGUGGAAAUCGACGAGCUCGGCAAAGUGCUCACGCCAACACAGGUGCAAAAUCGACCCACUUGCAUCGAGUGGGAAGGAUGUGACCCCAGUAAACUGUACACUUUGGCCCUGACCGACCCUGACGCUCCCAGCAGGGAAGAGCCCAAAUUCAGGGAGUGGCACCACUUUCUGGUGGUCAACAUGAAGGGGAACGACGUGUCUUCUGGCUGUGUCAUGUCCGACUACGUGGGCUCUGGUCCACCCAGUGGCACAGGUCUCCACAGGUACGUGUGGCUGGUGUAUGAGCAGUCAGGCAGCCUGUCCUGCUCCGAGACCGUCCUCACUAACCGUUCCGGAGAUGGCCGCGGCAAGUUCAAGAUCCAAAGUUUCAGGCAGAAAUACAACCUGGGAGCUCCAGUGGCUGGAACCUGCUACCAGGCCGAGUGGGACGACUACGUCCCCAAACUGUACAAGCAGCUGGCCGGAAAGUGAAAUGAAAAGACUUGACUCGAGCGUUCAGCACUAGGAAUUCACACAGAGGCUGAUGGUGUGUAGGAAAUUCCAUUUUGCAAGAAGCAAAAAAACCCCAACGGUAACAAAGCAUUUUUUGUGAGUGUGCCACUGAAUAGUAUUACUUUUCCCGCUGUUGCCUACCCAUGCUGUGACAGGAAAAACUGCUCCUCUUGAUGUCACCUGCACUCAUCUGCAAUAAAUCGGUUUAACACUGAAA